UUGGCGGCGGAGCCGGCCAGUCCGCUGGCGAGCGUGGCUGCGCGGCGGGCAAGCGGGAGCAUGGAGCGCGGCGCGGUACAGCGCCUGGCCGCCCGGCUGGGCCUCACCGAGCCCGGCGUCAUCAGAAAAGCUGAAGAGUAUCUGCGGCUGUCCCAGGUGAGAUGCCUGGGAUUCAUGGCUCAGGUGACAGCAACGAGCGCUGCCGUGAUGUGCCUGGACCUGGCUGCUAGUUUCAUGAAGCAACCGGUUGACAGAAGCUAUUGUGUUAAACUCUCCGGUUUGAACAAGACUGCUUACCAGAGCUUCAUGAAGUCUUUGGAGUGUUUGCUAGAGGUGAAACCUAGACUGGGAAUGAGAGACUUGGCUGUGCAAUUCUGCUGCACAGAGGCAGUGAACACCGCUUCAAAAAUACUGCAGAGGUAUGAAUCCAGCCUCUCUGAAGCACAGCAAAUGGACCUUGAUUUAUCAAAACCACUCUUUACAACAGCUGCGCUAUUCACUGCAUGCAGGUGUUUGAAGGUAAAAGUGGACAAAACUAAAAUGUUGGCUGCAUCUGGGGUGAAAAAAGCCAUAUUUGACCGGCUGUGCAGUCAGCUGGAGAAGAUUAGCAAGCAACUCAGCCAGGAAGAUGUUUCACAGGCUGAAGAGCCACCUGAAAUCUUGCAGACCAACCUGGAGCACUGUGAGAAGGAAGAUGAAUCUGAAGAUGAUGAGGAGAUGCCAUGUAAACGGCUGAAGACUGAAACAAAAGAAGACUAUGAAGAAUGGAAAAAGAAAAUCCUGGAAAACGCUGCUAAGGCACAAGAGACAAGUAGGAGUACUGCCUCUGUAGUGCCACCUAGUAAUACAGCUGCUACAUGCUCAUAAUUUUAACUUUCCCUCUGCUCUAACUUGAGUUCCAAUAGCAUAUGAGUGAUGGCUGCCUGGUAGCCAGCUGAUUUUAUUAGCUAGUUUUUAAGUUUUUAAGAAUGUUAUUUUUAGUAAAUGACACCAGAAUUGAGGUGAUUUUGCAAGAAGCCUGUCUGACAUAUUGCCAGGCUGGUACCUGAGCAACUAAGACAUGAGGUGGUAGAACAGCUUCAUUCUCUUGCUGCAAGCAGCAGGUAACAUUCUAAUGCCAUGUUAAAUGUAAACAAGUUUUAUGCCCUUUGGCCCCCGGGCUGGAAGUAGUCAGUGAAAAAAAACGGGGAGAGGACUAACAGUGCCUUCUUAAACCGCAAAAUCAGCAGAGGAAUUAAGACUGAUGAUUUUUUUAUUAUUAUUUUUUUACUGUUGAAGAAAUGUUUAGUCACUGAAUUUGACUUAUUUUUAUGACAUGUAUGGAAUGGAAAUGUCUGUGCUUGUAAAGGGUCCCAAAUAUUCCAAGAAACAAUAAAAAUAGUGGAAGGAAAAGAAAA